ACAAAAAAAAAAAAAAAAAAAAAAAAAAACUCAUCCACAAUUAAACAUCCUCUGCAUGCGCCAUUGCGAUAUGCAAAGUCAUCGACAACAAUACAGCUUCCUUUUAUGUCCAUAAUCACAUCAAAUCUUGCUCUUCAAGCUGCAGGGCUUCCUACACGACCAAUGACGGCAUCGCCAUCAGCCAACGAUGGAGCUCAGCGUUUCUUGUACUACAUCAACUUGCUUAGAACAAGCUCGUCUCUGUCUCUGGAGCUACCCCGCCCUGUGCCUACUGUUUGUUAUACGGCAUCCCGACACCGAUGACGGCAAUAUGCCAAGAUCGUCAUCGCCGAGACUCUGAUCCCCGUACCGUUCCCUCACUUCGGCCGAUAACGUACUAUACAUAAUGUCAUCGAAUUUGACAUUCACUCGCAAGUGCGGGGAUGUUGCUUGAGGACCCGUAGUUAGGUAGCCAUCUCGGGCGUCUUGGCAUGACUUAUAUAGCAGCUUUUUAUGCUCCGAGCAGACACUACACGAUGUGAUCCAUGUUUUGCGCGUCCGGUUCCGGCUCAGUAUUUGUCUGUCAGGUACUACUUAUAUUUAGAACCGGCCCCAUUCUUGUCAAAAAUUUCUUCACCUGGGCGUGUUCACCUUGCAGUUGUCCCAGCCGCCUUACUGGCAAUUGAAUGAUACUACUGCGCUAACCGCCAAAGUAGUGUAACAAGCCCAUACACGUUCCAAUAGUAAGGCAGUCAGAUAGACAAGAUGCGGCAAAAACUCUCCACGUUCGCCGUCGUCGUCUUUGCAUCAGGUCUGACCUGGGCAUGUCAGCGCGAAUGGGACCCUUUCGCACCGCACACCCACAGGAAACCCUUGGAAAAGCGUCAAGAGACCGAGCAAUGGCCACCAGUCCUGAAUGAUCGGGAGACGGUCGUCGUUAACGCCUUCGACAACGUUACUAUUGAUCAAUGGUCGGAAUACUAUGGCCAUCAGAACAAGCUUGGUGGUCUCGGUCGUCAAGCUGCAGAAUGGACUGCCGCCCGGUGGAAUGAACACGGCUUCAACGCACAGCUCAACGAGUACCACGUUUACCUCAGCUACCCGCUAUCUUCAUCGCUGCACCUUACGACUGCCGACGGAAAACGCAAGGAGAUCUCGCUGAAGGAGGAUGCACUUGAGGAGGAUGACGUUACGGGGCGCAAGGAUAACCAGCCGACUUUCCACGGCUACUCGGCCUCGGGCAACGUCACGGCCGAGUAUGUCUACGUCGGCCGCGCUGGCAAAGAGGACUUUGACCGUCUCAUUGAGCUGGGUGUUAACCUGACCGGUAAGAUCGCCCUCGCCCGCUAUGGUGCCAUGUUCCGCGGGCUCAAGGUCAAGAAUGCUCAGGACAAGGGCAUGAUUGGUUGUGUUAUUUUCUCCGACCCUGGCGACGAUGGCAAUGUCACCGUCGCCAAGGGCGUUGCUGCCUAUCCACAUGGGCCGGCUCGGAAUCCAUCCUCCGUUCAAAAGGGUUCAGUCUUGUUCCUGAGCACUUCGACUGGCGACCCGACCACACCGGGAUACCCAUCGCACGAGGGCGCCCCGAGGACCGAGAUCAGCAGCGUCACGCCUCAGAUUCCUUCCAUUCCCAUCUCGUAUGCGGCCGCACAGGAGCUUCUCAGGGCCCUGGAUGGACACGGCUUCACCCCCAGCCAAGUCAACCGCACGAGGAACGGGUGGCAAGGUGCGAUCCAAGAUGUGACUUACAGCACCGGACCCGCACCCGGAGUCACACUGUCACUCAACAACCAGAUGGAGGGCAAGAUUACUCCGAUCUGGAACGUUAUUGGCCGUAUCAACGGAACCAAUGAAGAUGAGACUGUCGUCAUCGGCAACCACCGUGAUACUUGGAUGAUUGGAGGCAACGCUGAUCCAAACUCUGGGUCUGCUGUCCUUGUAGAGCUUACCAAGGUGUUUAAUAAGCUUUUGAAGUCUGGGUGGAAGCCUAGACGCAACAUAAUUUUGGCCUCUUGGGAUGCCGAGGAGUAUGGCAUGGUGGGUAGCACUGAAUGGGUCGAGGACAAUAUCCUCAGCCUCACAGAAACGGCAGUAGCAUACUUGAACAUAGAUCGUAAGCUGACCGACCCUUCAGACGUCGCUGUCUCCGGACCUCACCCCGAUAUUUCCGCUACACCUGAGCUCCACAGAGUUGCCACAGAGACCAUGAAGAAGGUCGUCCAUCCCAACUUUGGUGGCUUCAACCGUAGUCUGUAUGACAUGUGGGUAGAUGCGCCGGGUGGCGGCAUGGUCGGAGUCCUUGGUAGCGGCAGUGAUUACACGUCAUUCCUUCAUCACGGCAUUAGCUCGCUCGACACUGGUAGCUACGGCAAGAGCGGAGACCCCGUCUGGCACUACCACAGCAACUACGACAGCUACCACUGGAUGUCGACCUUUGGCGACCCGGGCUUUUUGGUCCACGCGGCCAUGGGCCAGUACCUGUCGCUGUUGGCUCUGCGCCUGAUUGACGACGAGGUCCUGCCAUUCGACCUCGGCAAUUACGCCGUCGAGCUUAAAGCAUAUCGCGACGACCUGGCCGAGUUUAUCAAGAAGGCUGGGCAGGGCUUUGCCAACGUUGACCUGUCCGAGCUCAACAACGCCAUCGCCGAGUUCGAGAAGCGCACAUCCGAGGUCAAGACGCUCGAGAUGCUGGCCGUGUCGACCAAGAACGCGGAUCUCAUCAAGGUCGUCAACUACAAGUACAGGGACUUUCAGCGCGGCUUCGUCAGCCAGGGUGGCCUCCCCGGCCGCCAGUUCUACAAGCACGUCGUCAUGGCCCCCGGCCUGGACACGGGCUACGCGGCCGUCACGUUCCCGGGCAUCCAUGAGGGCGUGCAGUAUGCCAACGCGUCUGUGGCACAGGAGUGGGUUGGCCGGACGGCGAGGGGUAUCUUGAGGGCGGCUGAUAUCGUCAAGACGUAACGUGCACAUGUCGACGGUGGAUUGGGAUAGAAAUACUGUUUGGUCUUGAUCAUAAAGGUUAUGGAGUUUCAAAAAAAGUUUGCAAGGAGUAUGGUUUUACUGGGAAGCGCGGUCAUUAUGGUCAAUGUUAAUCUCUAAUUAGGAAACGCGGCCGGUAUGCAGGUCGGACUUGGGAGAAUAUAUUAUCAAUCAGCGGUGACUGUUCUGG